ACGAAUGAUACACCACUUUGCAUAGCUGUUAUAUGUGGACAAGCAAAAAUUAUUGAAUUUUUAUCAAAGGAAGACGUGAAGACAAUCAAACCCACUAUUACUGACUUCGACGAUGAUUAUGUGCCUGACAAUGUCCUGUUUGCCGUUAAAGAUAUUAAUGGUAUGUUUUAUCAUCCUGUAAUCAUCUUUCAGAAAACUUGUGAAGUAAUUACUAAAAUUGCUAUUUAUGAGGGAGGGACAGUAUUAAAAAUUGCUGAACCAAAGACAAAACAGUGUCAUGUCGCAGAAUCAGCAAAUAAGGUUGCUCGCACACAAAAGAAAAAUCGCAGGAAAGGGAAGCCACAGCAAAAGAAAACGCAUGUGUACAGUAAUGGCUGUACCGAGAAAUGUUAUAACAAGAAAGAUUGUAAAAUACACGGUGAAACCACCGAUAUAAACAAUGGCACGAAUCAUGGUAAACAAAUACAACAACUAGAGAUGAGUAAACACAAAUUACAGGACAAGUCUAUGUCGGAUACAACUUAUAGACAGAAACUGAAAAAUAUGCCUGAAUAUUUGGAAUCCACGCGCAAUAAACAUGCAAGAACGACACGAGUACACGGAAAAGAAGAUCAACGCAGUUCAGAUGAUGUACGCAUGAAGAAUAAAACCGCUAAGCACACGUCUUCUAUAAAGAAUGCGAAUUCAGCUAAAAUCCAGUCAAAAGUACCCCAAAGUAAAACUAAAGCUCAACAAAGAUCUAACACACUCAAGAUAAAAGAGCCAGAACAUAUCCACGACGUGCAUAGCUCUGUCAGAAGACGAAAAAUUACAAUAAAAUCCACUGAGAAUCAAGAUCAAAUAAAAGAAAAAAAUUAUAAAACUAAAAAGUACUCGCGAGAAAUGCCAGAAAAUGAAACAAAAUCCGUGCACACCGUUCAAAGCAUGUUAUGCGAAGACAAUCCACCAAGUAUGGACCAGCAGUCAUCUGUUGUGUCAUCCGAAGUAUCUACAACCAUGUGUGCAAGUUCAACCAGUGGACAGGAUGAAUUACAGCAAAUCUCUUAUACUAUGCAGCUAGAUCAUCAUAAAACAUCGACUUCUGCAAUAAAAAGUAACUGUGCUAACCAAUCUGAUACCCUACAGCUCCCAAAUAAUAUGUUUGACCCAUUUAAAUUUCUUAGUACCUUGCAUAAAAGAUCCAGUAAAACAAACUCGUCGAAACAAACUUCCAUCUCGUCGACGAAAGAGAAAAAUCUUACAAUUCUUCAAUUAGAUGAUAUAACAUAUGGCCAAUUUUCGAGACAAGAUAAAAAAAAUCAAGCCUCAAAAUUGAGAUACAACGCAGGAUCAAAAUCAUCAUUAAAUACUGAUACCAGUCCUGUUACACCGAAACCAAUACAUGUGACUGGUGGCGAUGAAUCUAAUUAUGAUGUACUUGACGAUCACGAAGGAGUGAGUACAACUAAAGCUAUUCAUACUAAUCCCCCGUUUUCCCUCCAACAAAAAGAUGGAGAAGAGUAUAAGUGCCAUUUGUGCAACAAAACAUAUUCAAGUAAACGUAAUCGAGCGAGACAUGUCAAGGAUGUUCAUCAAAACACAGAUUCGUUCAAGUGCAGUUUAUGUGACAAAUCAUUCAAGACACAGCAGAAUCGUAGGGAGCACGCACGAGUUCAUGAAAAAAGUGUGUUGUUCCACUGUGAAAAGUGUGGUAAUAAGUAUAAACGAAAGAAAGACUUGAAUAUCUCAAUGUUUGCACAAUAUCUAGAAUAUGGUGAUGUCAGCAGUGGUGUGGACCCAGCGAUAAAAGCUGUAACUCUCAUAGAUGUUCUGACUACACUUAAUGAUAGUCUUUGCAUGGUAGCUGAAUUACUCCGAAAAAAGAAAGCAAAAAUUAAGCAUUGCCUUAUUCGAGAAAAUAUGGAGGAAAUGAUCGAUAAACAGGAUGGACAGAUGAAAAGCGAUAACUUAUUUUUUAAAGGAAUUUUCGAAGAAGGCAAUGAAACGUGGGUCCACACGGAAACUAAGGAAAAGGAAUUUGUUACAACCAACGUGGACAUAGAUGGUGAUCUAAUUGAAUUUGAAAGG